AUGGCGGUGGUACUGGACCGACAAGGGUCUCUAUCUGGACCAGUUGAUGGACCAGUAUCCCGGACUAGACCUGAGAAAGGUUCGAGAUUUCGAAGAGGGCAUGGCGCGGUAUGGAUGGUGGUAAUAAUUAUAACAUUUCUGCAUUUUGCAUGGAUUCAGAUUAUCAAUGUUAAAGAAAUAGAUGAUGUAACGAGUUUUAAAGCAGAUCUGGAUACGUGGAUUUACUCCAAUGAGUCGAUAUUUCAACCGGACUAUAUAUUAACUAAGGAUCAUGGAGUGCAGAGUAAGAAUACGAUUAAAGUAAGCGAUUUAAGAGUCUAUCGUGAUAUUAUCUACGAGAUGUUUAUCGGUAUACCGUCAUUCAAACGUAAAUUAAGUCCUAUCGUCCAUUUCGAUUUAAGCAAAGAUCCAGUGAAAAUCAAUUAUCUACGAAAGAUUUUCGCCUAUUUAAACUACUUUGGAGCCAAAUCAGUUAUGCUACAAUAUGAUGAUUCUUUCCCAUUUGCAGGCAAUUUGAGUUUAGCUCGAUCACCUCAUAGUUAUAAUAUUGACGACGUCAAAGAUAUUAUAGCUCAUGCUUCUAAAAGUAAGUUAAACAUAAUACCAUACAUUCAAGUUAUUGGUCAAAUGGAAUAUUUACUACAACAUCAUCAAUUCCAUGACAUCAGGAGUGAUUCAUUUCCACGCCAGACAAUUUGCCCAUGUAGUAAUCGAAGUGUUACUAUUAUAAAAGAGAUAAUACGACAAAUUAUGGAUUUACAUAAGAACGCUAAAGCUAUUCAUAUCGGCGGUCAUGACUUUUAUAAUUCACGUUUAACUUGUAAUCGUUGCAAAGGCCAACAUUUAAAUGAAAAUCAAGUUUAUGUCGAAUAUAUUGUUAAGAUAUGUAAAUAUAUCAAGCAACAUUUUCCAGAAAUGAUUAUCUUAAUAUGGGAUAAUCGCUUAAGGAGUAUGACAGCUAACGAAAUGGAACCUCUGAAAGAUUUAGUAGAACCAAUGGUUCUAGAUUUUCAUCCCGACGUUACUCAUAUCCUCGAUCAGCCACAGUGGAAAAGGUAUAAAUCAUUAUUUCAUCAAAUAUGGGGUGCCGCAGCAUAUAAAGGUGCUGAAGAAUGCGACGAUAACUUUGUUCCAACGGUUAAGCGACUAAGUAACACGAUCACAUGGGCUAGAUUAUCCAACGGCUUAAAAAGAACUGGUUUAAAAGUAGGAGGUAUCUCUUUAAUGGGUUUCUCUCGUCCAACUUAUUCUCUACCUACAUGUCAGAUUUUACCCGCGAGUAUUCCUUCCUUACUACUUAAUGUAUACACUCUUAAGGCAUGCGAAUAUCAUAUGUAUAUUGCAUCAGAAAUUGCUGUCUGUGCACUGCGAUGUAUUGACUAUUUACAAAUUGAAUUAAAGGAAGAUUACACUAUUGAAACUUGCGAUCGAAUGCCAGGCAGACAAAGUUAUCGGUUGCUGUCUAUACUUCGUGUUUUGAAGAGUCGUGUUUCUAACGUAAUGGCUAAAUUAGGCAAAAAUCGAUACUUGCUUGGUGAUCAGUUAUAUAAGUCAUUGCUGGUUGACGAACUCACGUAUCUUCGACAAGCAUUGAAAAGCUUGAAUAAAGAAAUUCAGAUAGCGUUUAAAGAAAUUUAUAAUGAUUAUAGCAUUGAUGAAUGGCGUUAUCGCCAUGUUCGACCACUCACUACCUUGGUCAACGAUCUGUACUGGCAUGUAUUGCAUGUUACCGUGCAAGCUUAA